AUGGCACUUGCAUCCUCUGUGAGCUUGUACUACUCGAUAGUGCAGCGGGCGGCGAGGCACUAUUUAGAAGAUUACUGUCAUACAGACACGACAGCACCAUAUGUCCUAUACAAAGAUGGCGUGGAGCGGGCUCCUCCAGGCACGCAGUGGGGCGGAGGCGUGCUCGACGGCGGCUACCAGCCCAUGCAACACCAGAGCCCGGGCGGGCCCUCGCCGCAGCCCGAGCCGCAGUUGGCCUCCCCUGCCCCCUCGCCCUACCCUCCAGCCCCCCCGCCCCCCGACCAAUCCGCAGAAGAAGCCGCCCAGCAACUCGCACAGCAACAAGCUCAGCAGCAAGUCCAACAACAGCAAACUUCACCUGAACACAUGCAGGUCGAACAGCAGCUCCAAAACCAACCACAAACACAACCAACCCAGGACCAUCUCGACCGCGGACCCUGCUUCAUACCGCAGCCAGACUUGAACCAACAGUACACGCCGUAUUUCAAAGAAACCAGACCCGCCAGCCAUAUGUUAGGUGGCGGCGGAUUCCCGCUACACUACCUAAAACAGAACGGAGGCGUUCUUUCGCUAGAAGGCCCGCUCGACCAAUACGGAGCUCCCGAACUCCGCCACUUACCUGACAUAGUUCAACCGGAGCCGCCGAAGCCGCGCAAACACAACCCUAAUUCGGAACUGAGGCUGUUCAAAUGUUUGACUUGCGGGAAAGACUUCAAGCAGAAGUCGACGCUGCUACAGCACGAGCGUAUUCACACGGACUCGCGGCCGUACGGCUGCCCCGAGUGCGGCAAGCGCUUCCGCCAGCAGUCGCACCUCACGCAGCAUCUCCGCAUCCACGCCAACGAGAAGCCCUACGCUUGCGUCUACUGCCCGCGCUCCUUCCGGCAGCGCGCCAUCCUCAACCAGCACCUCCGCAUCCAUUCCGAUGUCUCGCCGCAUCUGAUCUUCAAGAACGGGACCACGCCGACGUUGUGGCCGCAGGACGUGCCGUUCCCCCCGGACGAGGGAAAGGAGGAGGUGAUGUCCACGUUUGGCGACGCGGAGGGCCAGAACGGGGAGCAACGUGGGUCGUGCUUCUCCCCGGGCGACACGGCGCAGUACCCGGCGUACUUCAAAGACACGAAAGGGCUCAACCACACGGUAUUCGGCUCGGGGCUGUCAUUACAAUAUCUGAAGGGAGGCAAGUUACCAGACGUGCUAGGCGGCCGCGCGAUGCCUCUAUUCGUCCGCUGCCCGAUCUGUCAAAAAGAGUUCAAACAGAAGUCGACGCUGCUGCAGCACGGCUGCAUACACAUAGAAUCCCGGCCGUACCCUUGCCCCGAGUGCGGGAAACGAUUCCGGCAGCAGUCGCAUCUCACGCAGCAUCUCCGCAUACACACGAACGAGAAACCGUACGGAUGCGUGUACUGCCCGCGCUUCUUCCGGCAGCGGACCAUUCUCAACCAGCAUCUCCGUAUUCACACCGGCGAAAAGCCGUACAAAUGCACGCAAUGCGGUAAAGAUUUCCGGCAGAAGGCCAUCCUGGACCAGCACACGCGGACGCACCAGGGCGACCGUCCUUUCUGCUGCCCUAUGCCAAAUUGUCGGCGGAGAUUCGCCACGGAGCCGGAGGUAAAGAAGCACGUGGAUAAUCACAUGAACCCGCACGCGGCGAAGGCGCGGCGCGCGGAGGCGAACAAGACGCCGCGGCCGCUGCCGCCGGCGGCGGCGGUGGUGAAGCCGGAGCUGUACUUCCCGCAGUGCUACGCGCCGCCGUUCCAGCAGUUCCCGCCGACGUCGCAGGAGUUCAAGCCGGCCGUGGGCCCGGGCGCGCCGCUGGCGUGCCUGCCGGCGCAGUGACCCGCGCCGCCGCCGCGGUGGCCGCCGGCGCAGCCGCAGCCGCACGCGUCGCACGACCUCUACGCCGUCGACCGCCUCUACUAGAGGCUCAGUAUACGAGCGCCGCUCCGCGCCUAUCAUAUACGAGAUCGCUGUAAACGAGCUUCGGUCUGUAAAUAACUAAAUACCCAGUUUGUACUCUCCGAGUCGCAGUGUACAGUAUAAAGUUCGUCACGAAUAGUGUUACCGUUGAGAAGCGAGUACAGAUAGAGUUUUUGCUCCGUAAUAUUAAGUUACCACGUAAGAGUUAGGUUUCUCGGUGAUUCUUCGAGCUCGAAUUGUUCACGAUAUACGGAUCCAACCAGAGAUUAGACGUUUAAAAGUCUUCGUUUAAAUCUAAAAUAAGAUUAGAAUCUUUUACCACGAGCAUAUUUCGCGAUGAAUGUCGUAGGUUCGGCGUUGUGUGCCUAUUUGUAAUGACUUUACAUAAUUUCUAGACUUAUUAAGUUAAUUUUAUUUACGAGUUUUUUAAGAGAUAUGAUCUGGCAAAUAUAGGGAAUGAAAUGCUCAAAAUAUCUUAAAAUUUAGAUAAAGUAUAAGUUCGGGAAUAACUUUAGGUGAAACAGAAGCUUUUUGAAGUGAAACAUCAACAGAUAAGUAAGAAACCAAAAACGUAGGUUACCUUUUGCCAUCAUGACAUUUUGUUUUUUAGUAAAUACUAAAUUUUCUGUUAAAUUAUAUGAAUGCAUUUAAUGAACUAGAGCUACUGCGAUAUCUUCGUAACACAUAGUGCCAAAUAACGUAGUACUUUUAAACUUUUCUACAAGCUUCUAUUAUAGUUGGCCUAGAUUAGGUUGUUACCAGUUUUUUCAACGAUGUGACAAUUUGAGAUGCAUUUAGUGGAAAGGGUCAGACUGAGAAAGGA